UGUUUUGUUUCUUUGUGAUGCAAUCUGAUUUCGUUGCAGCUUGGGAUCUUUCUGAGGCGUUCAGAUUCUAAUGAUCUGUCAUUCUCAAAUGAUCGCGAUAGCAGAGAUAGCAACGUGAAUGUGCAUUUAUCCUGUUAAAUGUGGAACACUCAAAUAAUGAGAUCAACAACAGUUGUUUUAAAAUGUUAGAACUAUAUAUUAAAUGGAGCUUCGUAGUGUAUGAAUGACGUGUUUUCAUUUCAUUUGUGUUAAAAUUAAUAGACUUAUAUAAUAACAAUACAGAAAGUAUCUACAUCGCGUUAUUGUGACAGUGAAUAUUUCGGUAACUUUCCUGAUUAAUGCAAAAAUAUAUAGCGAACAUAGUGACGGAAAAAAAUGGUAUAUUCGUUGAUUGUCUGCCCUGCACAAGGUCACGUCAGCACGAUGUAUUUUUAAUUUUGCUGCGGAAAAGAAGAAAUUCUCAAAGUCAAGAAUGACGUUUAACGACGGUUAACACUGAAUCAGCUGCUCGAACGGAUAGAACACAAAUUGGUCAAUGGCGACCUCAAAUAAUCCCAAUGGGAUGGCAGGCAUGGAAGAGAUCCUAGAGCUGGCUAGAUUAUUACGAAAAAAUGGUGAUACUGUUCUUAGUGGAGCAAGCAAAUUAUCUCUUUCCACCAAACUGCUACACAAUCUCAAUGAUGCAUUUUCAAUCAUUGUCGAUGACAAGCAAGAAAUUGAUAGUUCGUUCCAAGUCUGCAACAGCUCUAAAAAUGAUGUUUUUAGAAAUAUCAAAUUCCUUCAUGAUUUUGUACAGAAGACAAUUUGGUUGAAAGUUUCUCACAACUGCAAUGAUCCACGGAUCCCUGUGGAUAUAUCAAAAUUUCGUCAGUUGAGAUUUUUGGAGCUUCGUAAAGUUUGUAUCGAUCUAGUCAGUGGAAUUCAAGGAGUAAGAGGACAAUUAGAAAGUAUUUCUUGUACUGGAGGAGGAGGUGUGGGCACUGUUGGAAGAUUGCUGGCUUCUUGUGGUCGUGAUGCUGGAGUUGGCUUUGUCUGGGCUUCUAUGAAACGUUUAGCAUUACCAUACAAUGGACUUGGGAGACUGGAUAAAUCUUUGGAACUCGCGCCAUGGCUCCAAACCUUAGAUUUGAGUCAUAAUCUUAUUAUUUCGACCAGCGAACUGGAUUGUCUCCCAAGUUUGAAAUAUGUUAAUCUUGGGUAUAAUAAACUGGAGGCAGCUCCUACCUUGAACAAGGCUACAUAUCAUACUUUGCAAAUUCUAGUAUUGAGAAAUAAUUAUAUUGAAAAUUUGAACGGCUUACAAGGUUUGGAUUGUUUGGCGGAGCUCGAUUUGUCAUAUAAUUGUCUCGACGAUCAUUCAGUUCUGUGGCCAUUGGAAACUAUGUCAGCUUUAUUAUGGGUUGCUCUUGAAGGAAAUCCUCUCGCCUACUACAAAAAACAUAGAUUGCUCACAAUCAAACAUCUUCAUUCGGCCUUAUCUGAAAGUAAACUUAUCACGUCACAUCAGUUUGUUUUAGAUCACGAGCCAUUAAGUAAAACAGAGAAAAUGUUGGUCUCGCACAACCGGACGUUCAUGAUCAGGUCUGCACCAUCGCCAUCAAAAGAUGAUCAGGCCUCGAUGACCAGUUCUAUUAUGUCCAACGUGACAUUACCAUCGGUAGAAAAUACAUAUCACAAUGAUCUAUUAAUCACUCAAAGAUCUGAUUUGAUGGAGGGUAAUGAAAGAAUGGCAACGCGCAAUAGAAAAAAGAAAUAUGUCUGUGAAGCGAUUAUAACGGAUGAGGAUACCAAGGAAAAUACGACAGAUAUGUCGUCGAGUAUUGCUUCUUCGCUCCUGGAAACUUCGGCUGAUCAUUUGGAAACAAAAAAACAAAUUCUCGCUUUGAGAGCUAAAUUCGGCGACGAGAAAUGGUUGGUCAGUGAUGCGGGUUCCUUUGUCCAAGAUAUAAUGGGUCUUGAAAGAUCCGUCGUUCCUACAUUACAAAUUGCAUCUGGUUUGGAUCCAUCAUUGCACUCAGUUGUUACGACCGUUAGUACAAAAUAUUCAACCAAUUUUUCAACUGAUUCUGCGGUUUGGAGUAACGAGUCAUCGAGCGAUGACGUUGCAACUGAGUCGGCGGUUCUCAAAGGCGAUGAAGUUGAGCGCGAAGAGAACGAUAUCAUUGUUGACGAAUCAGAGGGUGACAAAACUAUCAAUAUUAAAGACCAAAUAGAGUCUCUAAAAGUCACUGAACCGCUCUAUGACCCGGGGGAAGAGACGGGAGAAUUAUAUUUGGUCCAGCAAAAAUCGAACAGCGAAGAGAUGCAAACAUUUUUCUUAGUCAUAACACCGGAAGAAAUUAAAGAAAUCGAUUGGAUCACUGGACGCUUGAGAUACAGGUGGUCAACUGACACUGUAUUGUCGUGUGUCAUGGGACGUGGCGAGACUCCAACAAUUGAUUUUAUAUUCGAUACUACGCGAAAGGAUCGACAAAAUCGAACCUACUUCGUCGAGAAAGAAGACGCUCCGAAAAUCGUUAAAACUGUGGGUGACUUGAUAAAAGUUCGUCCCAUAUUACUGAAAGUUUUCAAAUGCAUGAAAUGUUCGACGCAUUUUUCACAAGACCCGGAUUACGUGACUGGAGUGACAACAACUACAAUAUCCAGUAUAAAACCCCCGAAAUGUCCAACUUGUAGGAGUACGUUAGUAAUACAAACCGAUGAACUCUUGACUCCAGACGUCGAAGAUGCAAAAAAAGAUUUUGAAAAAUCGCCUUCGAAAAGUCACACUGAUGAAAAUACUGUUCAAGGAAAUUUACAGCAUUCCGGAUCGCAUUCUAGCAUCGGUGGAACAGAGGGCGGACCUAUGCUCGUCACCACUUCUUUGGUGCAAUACGACUCUCGCCCCCAAGCUCAAGUCAGCUGUUCAGCAACGAGUCUUGAGGAAUCACGUGAAUCAACGCCCUCGGCGAGUACAGUCACAAAACGUUAUGAGAGUGAUAUUGAGAUAUUGAGUAAUCCAAGUCAAAGUAGUAUCGAGGUAUUGGACGAUGGAACAAAAGCGAGUUCGACGCCGAAUAGAAAACGAUCGUCGGAAGAGAGACGCGUUGCGAUUGCUCCCACCCUCUUAACAAUUCCAGACACAGCUCCUGUUAUGACGGGCUUAACAGAAAGUAGCUCUUCAGGAUCAUUGACUGACAGUAUUUGUACGGCUUACGAGAAUAAAGCCUUGAGGACACCCGGAAUAGCGAGCAAACGGAACGAUAAAAAAAUGUUAUCUGGCUGUGAAACCCCAACAAAUUCUGAACCAUCAAAAAUCGCUACAUCGACAACACCUGUAGGAAAUCUGACUUCGAUGCUCGGAGGAUUGCUUCAGAGCAUGAAAAUUGUUACGCCCAAAAGUACUCCGACCAAGCCCGAGGAAGCAACGGAUUUUUUAGAAACCGAUAUAGAAUAUUCGUAUGAUGACUUUGGAAGUGUCGAUCACAGAAUAAAAUUGCAUCUGGUAUUGAACGUUUUCGAACAGGAGAACGAAAAAUUCCGCAUGCUUUUGAGGGCUCAAAUGAUCAUGCAAGAUUCGACAGAACCUUUCCAAGGAUGUCUUGUUUUGUCAAACUGCAAAGUGUACGUGCUCAAGAUAAUCGGUCCAGAGAGUGGUGAUCCUCAGCGCUGGUUGAGCAAGGAAAUGAGUUGGACGCACGACAAAUUGCGAUGUAUUGCUCCCUUACCCUUCAAACAAGGUGUGCUAGUGGAGUUAGUAAAACGCAAUGUACCCAAAGAAGAUCCAAUCGAAAUAGAUAUCGUAUGCAUACUUCAAGAUUUCAAAAGAACUUCGAACCUUCUCUACUACCUAACGGACUUAGGUCUACCUUUCCAGUGUCAAUUGGAUUCGACAGCACCAUCUCACUACAAAAGAGUUUUACUGGAUUCGAUGGAUUUGUCUUCGAACUGGAAAUCCUGGGAGGAAAUAAGAAUUUUAGCUUUUUUCACACUAGCCUCGUUCACACAAAAUGAUGAUAAAAUGAAAUUGAAAAGCGGCGGCUUAAUCGUUACAGAUUCGGCGAUUUUACUCACAGGCGAAAAGGUCCAAUGGCUUUUGCCGAUAAGCGAAGAAAAGCCACAGAUUAUCGCGGAACACGCCAUAAGCAACUUGAUUGAAGUGGGACACCGUCGUUGUCUCCUCGAUUUGAGUUUUAUCGAUGAAGUUGGUGGAGUUGAGGAUAUAUGGAGGCUCGUAUUUGUAUCAUCGGAUGCUGCCAAAGCUGUAAUCAAUGCGAUCGAGGCACCUUGGGAAAAGUUGUUUUCGGUGCCAUUACAAGUUACAAACAAAGCGUUGUGAGAGUCAAAAGAAGAAGAGGAAAGGUCGCAUGAUUCUACUCAGAAAGAUAAAAUAGUGCAAUCUACAAUGCAAAAGGAGAGUCAUUAAUCUACAAUUGGAUGUCAAUUUAAAGAAAAAAAAAUCCACUAACGUUCAAUUUUCUUUAACAUUUGCAUAUUAAUUUUCAAACGGAAUUAUCAAUAAUCGAUCAACAUGUCGAGACAAAGACAAAACGAAUAUUCAAGUAACAAUCAAUCGUAUGAGAGUCCUAAACCGUGCUAUGUAUAUUGAAACAAAAUAUUUAUAUAUAAACAAAUAUCACGUUAUCACUUGAUAAAUAUAUUUUAACAUAAAAUCAAUAAGUUUGUACAACGACUCAAUGAAUUUUUAGUACAGCAUAUUCGACGAUGCUCUAUAUGUAAAAAAAAAUCUCUUUUCUAACCAUAUUAAUGCUUCUUCGCAUUUUGACUUCGUAAUUCGUAUUUGAAAAUAGAUUUCAGGCUGUCGGACUUGUAAAUAAAUGUCCCCAAUAAUGUAUAUCACAACGUCAAAUCUCAGUUCUAAGUAUUUUACAAUAUUUAAAUUAGAACGAUGAGGAGACGAAAAAGAUGUUUUCUUGUGUAAUCGUAGGUCUGUUAUUCGUCGAUACUUAUUGUUAAUAGAGAGGAUAGAAUGUACAGCCAUGUGAUUUGUUAACUUUUGCAUAUAAAAAUGAUGAAUUUUAUAAUACUGCAAAACGUUAUAUUUUCUCUCUUUAUCUCCGGAUCUGUCGUAACGAGUAGGCGCAAUGCGAAUUGUAUAAAAUUAUUUGCUAUUGUAUGAUCGAAGGAAAAACGAAUGUUUCAUUAUAGCGUUAUACAUGAAUUGAUAACUGUUGCAGCUGAGUGAGCUUUUGUAUAUUGGAACAAUAAUUAUCGUUGAUCGUGCAGCCUUAUGUAAGAGAAAUACAUUUUUUCUAUGGACCGUCAAACGUCGCGUAUUCGAUAAACUUGCUGGUUUACCAGCAAGUUUAGCACCUGUUGGAUCGUUGCAAUUUUCGAUCACUUUAUAUAGCGACAACGACGGAGCCAGUUGCGUUUGAAACCUGGUCGUGCAUAUGUGACACGCACAUCCAAUUAUUCAUUUGUAUGAAAACGGAAAAAGGAAUAAUAAUAAAAGAAAAAGAAUCGUUUUGCAAUUUUA